GCUAGCCGGGCGCGGCGAGGAGUGGCCGGGCGGCGACAGGCACGUACAUGCAUGCCUUGGGCGCAGCCUUUGCAGAACCCGGUUGUGCAGCGCUUGGGCUCUGCAGUGGCGCGUGGAGGGUCCGAGUCGCCGGGGGAUGGGCACCCAGCCCCGGAGCCAGGCUGGCACCGCUCGCUGAAACAGCCCUUGUCUGGGCUUGGGGGACAGGUGCCGGCCUUGGGCUGUGCGCGACGUGUUCGUUCUCUUUCUCUUUUUGUGCCAAGGUUUCUCUGGACGGGCGCGCUAUGCAGCGGGCGGCGGCGCUGGUCCGGCGGGGCUGCUGCCCCCGGACCCCCGGACCCUGGAGCCGUAGUCAGAGCAGCGCGGCCGCUGAGGCCUCCGCGGUGCUCAAGGUGCGGCCCGAGCGGAGCCGGCGCGAGCGCAUCCUUACGCUCGAGUCCAUGAACCCGCAGGUGAAGGCGGUGGAGUACGCGGUGCGGGGACCCAUCGUGCUCAAGGCCGUCGAGAUCGAGAACGAGCUGCAGCGGGGUAUCAAAAAACCGUUCACGGAGGUCAUCCGUGCCAACAUUGGGGACGCCCAGGCCAUGGGCCAGCAGCCAAUCACCUUCCUCCGACAGGUGAUGGCACUCUGCACCUACCCAAACCUGCUGGAUAGCCCCAGCUUUCCAGAAGAUGCUAAGAAACGAGCCCGGCGGAUCCUACAGGCUUGUGGCGGGAACAGCCUGGGGUCUUACAGUGCUAGCCAGGGUGUCAACUGCAUCCGUGAAGACGUGGCUGCCUACAUCACCAGGAGAGAUGGCGGUGUGCCUGCGGACCCAGACAACAUUUACCUGACCACUGGAGCCAGUGACGGCAUUUCUGUGCGUACGAUCCUGAAGAUCCUGGUCUCCGGGGGCGGCAAGUCACGGACGGGGGUGCUGAUCCCCAUCCCGCAGUACCCCCUCUACUCGGCAGUCAUCUCGGAGCUCGGCGCCGUCCAGGUGAACUACUACCUGGAUGAGGAGAACUGCUGGGCCCUGGACGUGAACGAGCUCCGGCGGGCCGUGCGGGAGGCCAAAGGCCACUGUGACCCCAAGGUGCUGUGCAUCAUCAACCCCGGGAACCCCACAGGUCAGGUGCAAAGCAGAAAGUGCAUAGAAGAUGUGAUUCACUUCGCCUGGGAAGAGAAGCUCUUUCUCCUGGCUGAUGAGGUGUACCAGGACAACGUGUACUCUCCGGACUGCAGCUUCCACUCCUUUAAGAAGGUGCUUUACGAGAUGGGGCCCGAGUACUCCAGCAACGUGGAGCUCGCCUCCUUCCACUCCACCUCCAAGGGCUACAUGGGCGAGUGUGGCUACAGAGGGGGCUACAUGGAGGUGAUCAACCUGCACCCUGAGAUCAAGGGCCAGCUGGUAAAGCUGCUCUCAGUACGUCUGUGCCCACCAGUGUCCGGGCAGGCUGCCAUGGACAUUGUCGUGAACCCCCCGGUGCCGGGAGAGGAGUCCUUCGAGCAGUUCAGCAGGGAGAAGGAGUCCGUCCUGGGUAAUCUGGCCAAGAAAGCUAAGCUGACAGAAGACUUGUUUAACCAAGUCCCAGGAAUUCACUGCAACCCCUUGCAGGGUGCCAUGUACGCCUUUCCUCGGAUCUUCAUCCCCACCAAAGCCGUGGAGGCAGCUCAGGCCCAUAAGAUGGCCCCUGACAUGUUCUACUGCAUGAAGCUCCUGGAGGAGACCGGCAUCUGCGUCGUGCCCGGCAGCGGCUUCGGGCAGAGGGAAGGCACCUACCACUUCAGGAUGACCAUUCUCCCUCCAGUGGAUAAGCUGAAGACAGUUCUACAGAAGGUGAAAGACUUUCACAUGAAGUUCCUGGAGAAGCACGCGUGAGGGCUCCUCAGGCCCCAGAGCGAGACUGGUCCUCGGGCCUUCCUCCUGAUGCCCACCCAGACCAGACUGAACUCGCCUCCCCAGCAACUCUGCCUCAGGCCUCACAAAGGUCACUGGUUGCUUUCGUUGUCAUUUUGCCCCAGGAGACUUCUUUCUUUUGUGCCUUGAUGUGGGAGCACUUCUCUUCUGAGCAAAUGUGAAUUGGGGAUAUCUCAGAAGCCCGGUUUUUUUGAUGCAACCAAAGUAGAGGGGACUUGCUCAGCGUAUGUGGCCGGCAUUCUCUGAAUCUGUUGUUACUUCUGGAAGUUCAUUUGGGGUUUAAACCAACCAGGGUGUAUUGGGUGAGAUGUUUCAGAUCUGGAGAAACAAGAAGGUGUUGGGAAAUAUGACUUAACCGUGGUGAGGACUGGAAAUAGCAACCUCACCACGUGAUCUGUGAAAUAAAACCCUUAGCGGUGUGAAAAUCUAGUCCUUCCAACAGGAGACCCUGGAAGUCCACUGGAGGCUCCCAGGCGCCCACCCUCUGGCCUGGAGGCAGACAGCCUGUCUCUCAGAUGAGACUGGUGAGGCUGCAGUGCAUGAGCUGGACUGGAUACCAGGCUAGGUUGUGGCGGGCUCUGCGGGCUGUGGCAAGGUCAGGGGCCCCUGCAGCGGAGGAGUGGUGCAAGCCAGGCUCCGAGUUGAACCGGGUCUCCACUUGGGAGCACGCAGCAGGGAGUAGGGACUCCGCACACGUGAGGGCUCUGGGGUGAAGGGUCCUCUUGAGCAUAUUUAGGCUGGGACCCCCAUCUGAGAGGCCCCCUGGACUCCAGGGACACAAGGUACAGACAAGGAAUAUCCCAGUCCUGUGGAGGGAUCCUGCCUGGUGGCAUGUGGCUCCAUCCCACUGUAACCCAGCUACCAGUCUCUCCCAAGAGCUUGACUGAACACACAUCGCCCCCAGCUGGCGACAGCAGGGACAAGGAAACACUGAAAAUGUGCUAAUGAGGGAGGGGCAUCCUCAAGGACUUGAUAGUCAAAAUGCCCCCCACCGUUCUCCCCCUCCCAUAGUGUCUGUGGAGUUUUUUCAAACUGUAUUUGGUCUGUUCCCUAGCUCUUACUUGGUCCAAGUGCCUGGUAGCUCGGCUGCUAUGGAAGAAUACAUGUGAUCUGAUUCGAAGUUGAUAAAAGUGUUUUAACUUAAUGCAAAGUGUUUUGCCUCCACAUCUGCUGCUAGCUCCCCUCCCAGGGUCUGCAGACUCUCCUGUAGCAUCAGUCAGCUCUCCAGGCUGGAGCGAUGUAGUCCGCCAAGCCUGUAGCUUCCCUGGCGUUAGCAAACUUGGGUAGGGGGCCCCACACACAGUCCCAGAAAGUGGGUGCUACGGGCAGCAGCAGGCUGAGUGCCCUUUUCUCCUUGACCAAGAGCCUCCCUCCUACCAUUGGCCUUCCCGAGUGGUCAGUUAGGGAAGCCAAGGCCAGCUCAGGAGUCUGGGGACCCAGCAAGUCUCAAGUAGGAUUGAAGGAGCUGGAGCGAGACAGCUGAAGGCAUGAGCUCUGAAAGCAGCCUCCUGUGCUGUAAUUUCCACACUGGGCUCAUGCGGGGGACACAGUAGGGAACUUCACACUGGCCUCACUCACUAGCAUUGCAGUUCCCAUGAAGGAAGUAACCACAGUCUCCAAUAACAAAGGGAAUGUUCUGGGACUUUUCCAUCCUUAAAAAAUUGAGAAAAUUGCGUGUGUGCUUGUUGACAGUAUAUAAACCAGGGUGUGUCCCAGAGUAGUGAGAUUUCGGUGGAAAGGUUAAAUAGUAGAAGCUAGUAUAUUUUUUAUAUUUUUGUAACAAUUGCUUUUUUCAUGGGGGAGAUGGGUUUAGUAUUUGUAGUCUUAACAAGUCCAGUAGUUUUUUAUAAAUCUCUUUAGAUUAUAAAUAACCCCUAAAAACUUUGCAAACAUUUACAUGAUUUUUUAAAAGAUGCCGUAUACACUUGGUUUGCUUUUAAAAUAAAUGAAUAAAAACAUCAUAAGGUCAGCUGGUUUAGGAGGUUAACUUCAUUCAGGUAGGAAUGCUGAUCACCACAGAUUUGAUUUUCUGCAGAUUCUAUUCUGGUGUCUCAUUUGGGCCCCGCCAGAGCAGGCCGUUUGUUGUCUGGAUUGCACUUGAAAUCAACACCUAUGGAGUUUCCUGUCGUUCAUCUAGAUCCGCGCCUGGGGGCUGCUGGGCUGUACCACAGGGAGUCCAUUGCUGUGCACCUCGAGGCCCGACUGGUGGUUGUCCCAACCGUGUGUGGAUUUGCAGGAAGAGCUGACAGGCCUGCCUGUCCCUGUUUUCCAAUCUAGAUUCUCAUAGGCAUCUCUUGACAAAGGUACUUAAUGAUGGCUCUGCUGGAAAUUUCUAAACAAUAAAGUACAUGUCCAAAAUGGUAA